CACACUCACGCUCAGUCUUCGGGCGCAACUUGAUCGGUGCACGCGUGUAAUAGACGAACGCGCUCGCUCGCUCGCCCGAUUGUUCACUAUCUGCCGAACCGUAACGCACAACCUGCGAAGCUUUUCCUGCGUAGUACAACCGAUGCGAUCACUUCAUUCUGGCCGGUUCCGUCACAGCUAGCGGAUUGUGCAAACCAGUACUGGGGGCGAUUUUCCGGGCAAAGGUUUUCUAAAAAAAAGCUAGCAGCGUGCCGUACCAUCUCGAUACCGAUUUCAGUGAGCGGUUGUGUAGGGAAUUUGUAGAAAUUUCGCGAAAAAAAAAAAUACAGCUGUGCAAGUGCAAUUUACGUUACUACUUUUUUAAAACUAAGCGUGAUUUGUGCCAGUGCCCGAGCGUGACCAAGAGUGACAGAUCAACGAAAGGGGGUUUGCGUCGUACCCAGUAGUAACGGUGCCAUGAUGUUUGGCAAUCAAUUUCCAUUGCUGCUGCUGACGCUGCUCGGCACACAGCUAUUGGUUGGGUGCGGGGCAGAAAAAUCCGAACCCACCGGCAAACCCAUACCGGCGCACGACGCGGACACGGCGAACGGGCGGCACCCGGCGGCGGUCGUGACCGGAAAAGCGAUACGGCUGGGAAAGGCGAGCAAAAAGGCCACCCCUAUCACGUACAUCAAGACGCUCGCGAUGGACGGCGGUGCGUCGAACGAGCUGGACGGUGGUCACCUGCACAAGAACGCUAAUCGAUUCGCGCCGAAAUCGCUGGACGUUGGUGCGCCCAGAAAGGACCUAAGCAAUGCGGAGCUGUUUGGCAAGCUUGGCCUGGGCAAGGUGCGUCCCGCUACCAACCAUCACAAGAAGCGGCUGGCGGAGGAAUCGCGCCACUACGGACGACCGGACGAUUCGCACAUGUAUGUCAUCAAGCUGCCCCCGAAUCCGUACUACUACACGAACAACGCCCCGCUGAACAGCAUUUCGGACGUUGGCAAACAGGUCCCGGUAGGAUUCAAAUCGAACGGCAAACCGGCACGCAUCUACCACUGGAACAUUCCGGUGCUGAAGAAGAUGCUCGGCGCGAAACAGAGCCGCCAUCCCAACUCCCGCCGCCACGAUGACAUUGACGAGCUGAUUGACAUUAAGGAAAUUCCGACCUGGACCAAACCGUGGGAGGCCGUACCGCGCGAAAAGUCGCUGCUCAAGGUGGGAUCGCACGAGCGGGACGCGGACACGCGCCUUGCCAAGCGCAAGUUCCCGACGUACUACGCCCCGGCCAAGAAGCAACCCGGUGGCGGUAAGUCGAAGAAACAUGCCGGCGGCAAGUAUAAUACCGGCAGCAAUGGCAAGCCGCAAAGUUUCUACAUACUGGGCGAUAAGGGCAGCCGGACGAAGAUCGUCAGCCAUCCGGUGGCGGACGUGUAAGCGGAGCGGGGGUGAUCGAGGGCAAAUUAGGUGCUAAGAACCGCAACCAAACACUGCACUGCGCCGGAAGUGCGUAAUGCCGGAACGUUCCAACAGCUUCCAAAGCACUGUCUCUUGAGCAUUUUAUGGAAAGAGAGAGAGAGAGAGAGAGAGAGAGAGAGAGAGGGAACUGAGAUGUUUGUUUUUAAAAUACUGUAUCUUAAGCAAUACUCUCCAGGCUGCUGCUAUCUCAAAAGUCGAGGAAACUAGUGUCUUAGGUUUUAAAAUGUCCCCCGAGUGACAACCAUCUUUCGCUUUACGCAUCAAUCCAGCCAGACGGUACUACUCGCUCUGGUGCUGCUUUACUGCUUUUACUGUACUUAAAUUAUUGUUAAACCGGCGGGUGUACUCGAGCGCAUAUUGCGAUGAAACUCCUUAGAAUUGGUUAAGAUCGGCACUCAACAACUUACUAUUUAAAAGGCUUUUUAAAAAUGCUUAGACUCUCUCGAAUCGGGGCAAUUCGAUGGUGACGAUGGGUCCGAGAAGCUAUAACUUGUUCAGCGAACAGCUAUGUACUGGGGUGUGAAUGAAUGAAUGAAAUUGGCGAUUGAUUUUUAAGGAAAAGGUAUUCAACGGGCGCGUGUCCUUUUGACGGUGUGCAUUCCGGUGUUGCGGCAAACGUUGUGGUGCUUAUUGGGGUUGAUUAAGCAAGUGCUUGUAAAUAAAGGUAUCCUUAAUCUUACUGGA